AUGUCACAUGCUCUCGGCAGAACAAACCGGCAAAACCACAACAACAGCACAUUUGACAGCUUAAGAAAUAAGAAGAAUAUAAAGAAUUCAACAAGACGCGAAAGAACAUUUCUUUUAAUUACAAGAAUUUUCAAGUCAAUUUCUCAGCCUAGCGGAAAAUUCGCGUCCCCUUUGCAAACACAUCAUGUUUCCUUUUUUUGUUUGUUUAAUUUUGUGGUGUCAAGUGUUGCGAUUUUAAAAGAGAAAUAUUUUCAUGGAGAACUCAGGGAUAGCGUGAGGUGCACGCAAGUAGCACAUUCUCAUGUUGCAGGGAUCUCUCAGGAUCGUGCAAGAGCUCUUGUGAAAGCGUAA